AUGGGCAACCAAUCCUCGAAGCCGAACAAGGGCUCCAACUACCCGGCGUUCACUCGGUCCGACACUUCGACAUCGGUGCGGUCCUCGAGGUCAACAAGGUCCCGGAAGUCCACCAGCCGAGAGUCUCAGUUCAGUGAUGCUGCCUCGUUCAAAACGAGCCAUAGCAACACUCUAGAGACGCCGCCAAACCUGAGCCGAAGGAACUCUCUCGGAGUUAACACUCUGGCAGUAGAUGUGGCUAAUCUCUCGGUCCAAGAUCCCGGAGAUGACUCGGAACUACCGCCUUCGAUGGUUCAGGUAGCGCCGAAAUCGCCAAUUCUUAAGAGCGAACGCUCGAGCUCCUCCUUACAACACCUCUCUAUAACGGCGCCUAUUGCGCCCGACACCCAUCGGUCAAAUUCAAACGAGUUUUCAAUCCGUUCACAUUCACCAGCCGCCUCUUCGCACCGCAGCAAUUCAUCUACGCCGGUGUCAGCGAGUUUCCCAUUGGAAGAUGCCCCAGUUGAGUACGGGAUUGACAGGCCGAGAUUGGCGAGCAGUCACGAGCUCGACUUGGAAAGCACCAUUCAGCGACUGUUGGAUGCCGGUUAUGCUGGGAAACGUACCAAAAACUUAUGCCUCAAGAACAGCGAGGUUGCGAUCAUAUGCUCCAAGGCGCGAGAAAUUUUUCUCUCGCAGCCGUCUUUACUGGAAUUGAGUGCCCCAGUGAAGAUUGUAGGCGAUGUUCAUGGCCAGUUCAGUGACUUGAUCCGGAUUUUCACCAAAUGUGGGUUUCCACCCGCUUCAAACUAUCUGUUUCUUGGCGAUUAUGUGGACAGAGGCAAACAGUCAUUGGAGACGAUUUUACUUCUUCUAUGCUAUAAGAUCAAAUAUCCUGAGAACUUUUUUUUACUACGGGGAAACCACGAGUGUGCACAGGUCACUCGUGCUUACGGUUUUUUUGACGAGUGCAAAAGGCGCACUAACCUGAAAACGUGGAAGAUUUUCAUUGAUACCUUCAACACGCUGCCGAUCACGGCAGUUGUGGCGUCCAAGAUAUUCUGCGUUCAUGGAGGACUUUCGCCAGUGCUCAACUCCAUGGAUGAGAUCCGUCGUAUCAAGCGCCCCACAGACGUGCCAGAUUACGGGUUACUGAACGACCUAUUGUGGUCUGAUCCAGCGGAUACGUCGAACGAAUGGGAAGACAACGAGCGAGGUGUCAGCUACUGUUUCAACCGUGUAGCGAUCAACAAGUUCCUCAACAAGUUCCACUUUGAUCUCGUGGUCCGUGCCCACAUGGUGGUGGAAGACGGAUACGAGUUCUUCAAUGACCGAUCUCUGGUUACGGUGUUUAGUGCGCCCAAUUACUGUGGUGAAUUUGACAAUUGGGGUGCAGUAAUGAGCGUCAGCGAGGAGCUUUUGUGCUCUUUCGAGCUGCUGGAUCCACUAGACUCGGCCGCACUGAAAAAAGUUAUGAAACAGGGCAAAUACGAAAGGAUUGCUGCGGGCAACCGAUCCGUGGGGUCGAGCCCUUCGGCAUAUCCGAACCAGUCCUACUAA